AAUUAAACCAGCCAUGGAUUCUCCUCCUCCUCUCUCCACCGUCGACGACAGUCAAAACCAGCCCUCAGGUUGGCCUCUAUGCCAGCAGGGAGCGGAGAGUCUUCCCAGAGACUCUCCGCCUCCUACCAUUUCCAAUGAAGGCGUUAGACCUUACAUUAGGUCUAAAAUACCGCGGUUGAGAUGGACGCAAGAGCUUCACCGAUGCUUCAUCCAUGCCGUUGAAAGCCUGGGAGGCGGAGAUAGGGCAACUCCGAAAAUGGUGCUGGAGUUGAUGAAUGUGAAAGGGCUGAAUGUAACGCAUGUCAAGAGCCAUCUUCAGAUGUACAGGAGCGCCAAGCAAGAUCAAAUCAUACAAGGUGCUAAGAAGCUGCAAGCACCAUCACAACAAAACCAUGACUCGCAUUCCAUUCACAGCUGCAACUGCGGAGUUCUAAGAAAAGAUCUACUCAAUCAAGAUCUAUCCAGCCUCAUUAAUCCUGAGACCAAGCCCAAAUGGCAAGAAGUGAAACUGAAACCCAACGAAAUCGACCACUCUGUCGUGCUAAAGGACUUCCUCGGCAGCAGCAAUGAACCUCCUCUAAAUAAUAUGUGCAAGGAGAAGUGGGAAGGCACUGGGGAAUCUGCGGCCAAGGAAGAUGCAAAUGGCAUAUCUCUUGAACUAACCCUUGGUUAAUAAUUGAGUUGAUUAUUUUAUGAUUUCAGUCAAAUCAAUAAGUUUCUACAAAUCUCCUUUAUACAUGUUGGAUGCCAAUUAGGGCUCUUCACAACAUAUAUCUCCAAGAUAAAUUGUUCAAUUGGUCAGUUUAUUGUGUUGGCCAAAAAUGAGGGCAAAAGCCCUUGAAACUGUGGCUAGUUUUCUUGUUUUUUUUUUCAUUAAAUAAGAUUUGGACAUAGAGUGAUAUAA